CGGCACCAUGGGCAGCAUCUACAAGGAAUAUUUCAACCGCGACAAAAUCCGCGAGCACUACAACUACACCAAGGGCGACACGGAGAGCGCGGCGCCCUCGCGCUGGGUGGGCUCGGCGCUGAUCGUGCUGCUCUGCUGCGUCAUCGUGCUGGAAAACCUSCUGGUGCUCGUGUCCAUCUGCCGCAACAAACGCCUGCACUUGGCCAUGUACAUCUUCAUCGGCAAUUUGGCCGCCUCGGACCUGCUGGCCGGAGUGGCCUUCAUGGUCAACAUCCUGCUGUCGGGAGCCACCACCUUCAGCCUGACGCCGGUGCAGUGGUUCGUGCGCGAGGGCACGGCGUUCGCCACGCUGGCCGCCUCGGUGUUCAGCCUGCUGGCCAUCGCCAUCGAGCGGCACGUGGCCAUCACCAAGGUGAAGGUGUACAGCAGCGACAAGAGCUGCCGCAUGGUGCUGCUGAUCGGGGCGUGCUGGGUGAUCGCCGCCGCCAUCGGCAGCUUGCCCAUCAUGGGCUGGAACUGCAUCAGCGACCUGGGCGACUGCUCCACCGUGCUGCCGCUCUACUCCAAGCGCUACGUGCUCUUCGUCACCACCAUCUUCACCCUCAUCCUGCUGGCCAUCGUGGGGCUCUACACGCGCAUCUACUGCAUCGUGCGCUCCAGCCACGCCGAGAUCGCCUCGGCGCAGACGCUGGCGCUGCUCAAGACGGUCACCAUCGUGCUGGGAGCCUUCAUCGUCUGCUGGCUGCCCGCCUUCAUCAUCCUCCUGCUGGACGCCUCGUGCCCGGUGCGCGCYUGCCGCGUGCUCUACAAAGCCAAUUAUUUUUUCGCUUUCGCCACGCUCAACUCGGCCGCCAACCCGGUGAUCUACACGCUGCGCAGCAAGGACAUGCGCGGCGAGUUCCUGCGCCUGCUCUGCUGCUGCGGCCGGGGCCGGAGGCCGAAGCCCCCGGGUCGGGCGGGGGUCCCACUGCGAACGUCCAGCUCGUUGGAGAGGGGAGCCCCCUGCCCCAAAGGGGAGCUGGGCAUGGCGCCGCUGAGCCGAGAGUGCACCACGUCCGUCUGAUGUGGGGUGAGGGG